AUGGUCUCGUACCCCGAUACCGGUCCCGCCGACCGCCAGACCCUAGCAAUCCGCCCGGUCUCGCGCGCUCCGUCCGUCGCCUCGACUUCCCGCGCGCCACUCAUCUCUUCGCACCGUCGCCAUUCGCGCCAGAUCCGUUCCCACGCCGGCGGCGCGUCCUACCAGCCGCAGAACGAGUUCCCCGUCUUCACCCACACCGGAGAUGUCGAGAUCAUCAUCACCUCAAAUCCGCAUUCGCGAAGAGGCUCCGUCAAUGCCGUCACUCCAUAUGGCGGGGCCACCGCGCCGAGGAGAGAAGAACGCUUUCUGCUGCACCGCCUAAUCCUCGCGCAGUGCAGCGGUUUCUUCGACGAGGAAACCACCCCAGACGGCGGCGGUGGCCAGCAGCUGGACAGGACAAUACCGAGCGGCAGUGCGCUGGCACGACUGCCGCCUGGUGCUCCUGCACUUGACGAGACUGGCCGGAGAAAACGAUGGCGCUUUGAGUUGGACUGGGGUGAGAACGGUGACGAGAUGCCAGUGCUGGUGCAAAAGGAAGCACCGCCUGUCUCGUUCCCCGGCGAACAUGCACCCUUACCGCCCCCCGUCCACAACAAACCUCAAGCUCCCAGCACCGGCUUCUUCCGAAGCAUGGCGCAAUUUUCCUCGCUGAACGUCGCUCCUCCUCCGGCGCACACCUACGAUCCGGAAGAUGACAUCUUCCGCGACUACGCAAAUCUGUUUCGCAUAUUCUAUAACUACCCUCCCGCGCUAGACUCGGUCAACAUUGCCCAGGCUUAUGUCGAGUGCAAGACCCUUCUCCAACUCGCUGACUUAUACGACGCGCUUGAGGUCAUCGGCCCGCGCGUCGACCAUCAUUUGCUCCGAUUCCAAGGCCGACUCUUCAAGCAGAUUGCGAAAUACCCGCCAUCAUACCUGAAACUAGGUUUUCUUGCCCGCAGCCGGGUCAUUUACUCAGAAGCUCUUGUUCACGUGGUCGGCCAGUGGCCCGUCGGCGCAAAUCAACUCCGCGGUCAAAUCCCGCAAGCCGUGCUCGAGGUUAUUGAAGACAAGGCGGAUGAGAUGGAGGAGCUUAAGACUAAGAUCGAGACGAAACUGUUCAAGCUCACCCUCACAACCACCAGGGGCGAGAGAGUCAACCCAAGCAACGGUUUCAUUGAUUGGAUGGCCCUCUCGUUGUUCCGCCAAUGGCUUGCGGAAAACACCUCACGACCCCCUGCUCCGAUUCUGAAAUCAGCCAAUCGCGCUCUUCCCAACAGCCGAACCGGCUCGCGUAAUGGCCCUGCCGUGAACGCAAGCACCACCGCUCUCGCCACCACCGCGUCCACGGUGGGACAAACCCCCGCUGAACCGCCUCCAUUCAACACGGGCCGUGUCUUCCGGCUCAUUGGUACCGGCGGAGAUGCAUAUCUCAAUCGGGACGAACUCAAGCGCUUCUUGAAGCUGAACGCAGAAUUCUACACCCGGGAAAAUAUGCGGAAAUUCGAGCGCCGCAUAGAAGAAAUCAAGAAUUUGGCUGCGGAUGUAGUCAAACCGCUAAUGCGCAAUUAUCUGGAACUGGACAUGCGAGAUUUGGGACAUGGACUGCCGUACCUGACUUGCACCAAGGUGGACGAACAGGAUUUUGUGUGGGACGAGUGA